AGUGAUCCACGCCACCUUGGUGCUCUCCAUGGACUUCUUCCAGCCCUUCUUCGGGUAUUACUUCUUCAACGCUCUGCUCUUGGUGCUGCAGGCUCUGCACGUGUUCUGGGCGUACCUCAUCCUGCGCAUGAUCUGGAAGUUUGCCUUCAUGGGCAAGGUGGAGCGUGAUGAGCGGAGCGACGAGGAGAGCGAGGCGGACGACGAUGAAGAGGACGAGCAGGAGGAAGAGAGCAGCUGGGACCAAAGGAAAGGAACGAUGAACUCAAAACUGGCGUCGCUCGCUGACAACUGCGUCCUGAACAACCUGACCAACCAGAGGAGCAUCAGCCGGCUGCCCAAAGCCAGAUAGUGGAGGAAAGUAUAAAUGAUUUCCCUUAAAGUCUACUGGAGAUAUCAUCAUUUCUGACAUAUUGUAGAUACACUUGGCGUGUGUACGUCCAACAUGGUCCACCGAUGAUUUCAGAUCUGCAUCCUGCUUGUUUAAAAGGGUUUUAAAUAGGACGAAGAAGAACUAUGAUUGUAAAUCUCAGUAUGAGGUUAGCAGGAAACACCAUCUUUACACACUGUAUACUAGAAAGAUAUAUUUGACAAAACGAGGACACCUUUCCUUUACAGAAAAUUUAAAAAAUGUCGCCAAUUUAUGCUUUUUCUUAUAAGAAUCAGAAAUCUUUUAGACGUCCUUAUAGAGAGCCACAGUGACGCGUCCUAAAACCCGGAAGUAAACUCCUUCCGGUUCCUUCGACAAAAACACUGCAAU